CGCAGGAUCUUACGCGAUCCUUCGCGCGGCACACUCCGUCGGCCAAAGUUCGCGAUCGCGUUCGUGCUUCGCAGAAGAAAAACACGUUGCCGCCGUCGCAUGCCGUCGUUUCAACGGCAACAUGGGAGUCCGACUCGUUAUUGCCUAUCACCGGAUGGUCCAACUUAUCACGGUGGACGAUUUACGGACUGUCACACGCGGAUUAAUAGACGAUGUGAUCUUGACACGCAAACUUUGGACCGUUAAUUUCCUCUCGCGUCGCGAUAUCGUGCCGUACGGAAGCGAAAGCGAAUGCAAAAGAAACCUCCCUGCCCCAGGAAGACUUCUCUAUCGCGUAUAAAAGUCCGUUUAUGGUAUAUGCGCCCGUCGUUCUCGAGACACGCGGUGCCCUGCCACGUGCGAUUCCGAUUAACGUUAUGACGUACUUGCCGAUAUUGUGCGCCACCCUCGCGCUGACCAGUGCUCAAGAGACGAUAAUCCAGAACAAGAACAUAAACAUCAUCGUGAACGUGGACCCGGAGGAAGUGGCCAAGGAAUUGUGGAAGGUGAUCGAGGCUCGCCUCAACAACGGCACUGACCACCCUAUCAGCUCGUGGAACGCCAUCAGGGAUCUGGAGAAGGUGGUGACCCCACUCGUGUCGCCCAGCAGAAGGAGCUCGACGCAGCCGUCCGCUUAUCAAGUGGCGAACGAGCUCGAUCGGAUCACCCGGCGAGCGCUCACUCGCGACUCGCCUGGCAUCAGCUUAAUAGACGAAGAGAUCAUGACCAGAGACAUCGUCGCGGACAUGAUGGUCUCGCUCAAGAUGAUCCAGUCGAGGUCCGAAGGGACGAAUGCGCCUAGCAGAAGGAUGUAUGAUCCUGUCGCGGCGACGAGCGACGACGAGCGGGACGAUUACGUGAAUAUCAGGAUCAAAAUACGCCGGCGGGACAUCCUCAAUGCGUUUCAUUAGCGUCGGAUUUUUGUUAAAUGAAUAAAUGAAUUACUGAUA